CAUGCUAAUAAAACACAGUACACUCUUUGCCCAAAGAGGCUGCAUUUCUUCAUUUUUCAACAAGUUAAUCCUCUUUUAUACAACUCUAACUCCCCACAUUCUUCCAAACUGUCAUCAUCUUAAACAACAUGACUAUUCCAAAAGGCAGAACAUUGAUCAAUCAGUUGCACAAAAGAAUUCUCAAAUCACCCAAUUCGGAAGAUGUGGUUCUACCCACGAAGCAGAAAUGGUGUUCAAUGGUAUGCCUGUUAAAAAUAUCAUUACUUGGACAGCUUUGCUCACGGUAUAUGCAGAAAAUGGGCAACUUGUGAAUGCACGGAAGGUGUUCGAUGAAAUGCCGCAACGAAAUAUUGCAUCUUGGAAUGCGAUGAUCACUGGUUAUGUGAGGAAUGGUGUGGGAGUUCGUGAAGCUUGUGAGUUGUUUAAUAGGAUGCCGGAACGAAAUGCAGUGUCUUAUGCUGCCAUGAUCACUGGUUUCGCUCGUGCUUUUAUGUUCGAGGAGGCGGAGAGAUUGUACAAUAAUAUGCCAAGAACUUGGCGUGACCCCGUUAGUUCUAAUGCUUUGAUUUGUGGGUAUUUAAAGGCAGGUGAAUUAAAUGAAGCUUUUCGGGUUUUCUCGGGGAUGGUGGAAAAAGAUGUUGUUUCUUGGACGUCAAUGGUAGAUGGGUAUUGUAGAAAAGGAUAUAUAGAGGAUGCUAGAGAAUUGUUCAAUAUGAUGCCUGUGAAGAAUGUAGUUUCUUGGACAGCAAUGAUUAGAGGGCAUAUGAAGGGUGGAAAUUUCAGAGAUGGGUUUCUUCUGUUUUUGUCUAUGAAAAGGGAUGAGAUUGUGAGGGUUAAUUCUAUGACUUUAACCACAGUUAUUGAAGCUUGUGCUAACAAUGACCGAUAUGAAGAAGCUUGUCAAUCCCACGGUUUAGGUUUCCGCAUGGGAUUUGAGUGUGAUCCAAUAUUAUGCAAUGCUCUCAUCAAUAUGUAUGGUAAAUUUGGCUGUCUAGAAACUGCCAUUAAGCUGUUCAAUCAUAUGAGCAAGAAAGAUAUAGUUUCUUGGAAUUCCAUGAUUUCAUCCUAUGUUCAUGCUAAUCAGGUUGACGAAGCUUAUAGUCUUUUUCAAAAUAUGCCAAGAAGGGAUAUUUAUUCUUGGACAACUAUGAUUGGAGGGUUUUGUGGAAAAGGUGAUAUGGCAAAAUCAAUCCAAUUGUUUGACAUGAUGCCACAUAAGGAUGAUGUUGCUUGGACUGCUGUUAUUUCCGGCUUGGUUAACAGUGAGAGACCUACCGAAGCUAUUCAUUGGUACAUUAGGAUGACUCGAGGAUCCUUCAGACCAAAUGUUCUUACUAUGAGCAGUGUGAUCAGUGCUGCUGCUGGUUUAGCCAAUUUAAUCAUUGGCUUGCAACUUCAUGCUCAUGUUGUGAAGAUGGAAAUGGAGCUUGAUUUGUCAAUUCAUAAUUCCUUGGUGACAAUGUACUCGAAAUGUGGACAUGUUUCUGAUGCAUAUCGUGUCUUCAUGAAAAUUGCUUCACCAAAUGUCAUUUCAUUUAAUUCGAUGAUCACAGGCUAUGCUUUUCAUGGUCUUGGACAAGAAUCACUUCGGUUAUUUGAACAAAUGGAGAAAAAGGGGCUGGAACCUAAUGAAAUUACCUUCCUUGGUGUUCUUUCUGCCUGCACGCACUUGGGUUUAGUUCAAAAAGGACAAGAGUAUUUCAAAUUGAUGAAAUCAGCCUACCAUAUAGAGCCAGGGCCUGAUCACUAUGCAUGCAUGAUUGAUCUUCUUGGCCGAGCAGGAUUACUUGACCAAGCAGUUAAUGUUAUCCAUUCAAUGCCAUUUGAACCUCAUGCUGGAGUUUGGGGAGCGCUUCAGGGUGCAGCACAGUCCCACUUGCGUAUUGAUGUUGCAAAGCUUGCAGCUAAAGAAAUUUUGAGACUGGAACCAAAUAACACAACCCCACAUGUGGUCUUGUCGAAAAUAUUUUCAAUUUUAGGAGAAAAGGAGACGGAAGAGGUUAGACAGACGCAAAAAUUAAAGGGUAAAACUCCAGGCUGUAGUUGGGUUUUGGUGACAGGAAAUAGUAAUUAGUUUGUGUUGGAGAUGAACCUUGCAUGAAUCAUGAAUGUGAUGUACUGGGGGGCAGACAUCUCAGAUAUGUUUGGUCUGUGGGUUUCAUCCGGGUUGAUCAUUAUAGAUUUAUGAUAGGAAGAUGAACUUGAGUAGUCAAGGUGCUUUACUGUAUAUCAGGAGGUAUUGCUGAAUUACACCUUUCAAAUUUAUUACAUACAUGACUUGAAAGGUUGACUCAUAGUGCUCAAUUGGCAAGACGGCUUCUGCGUCGUACGUCAUAAGAAACGGGGUUUCACCGGUUGCCCCUUUUUCAGUUGUUCAGAUGGUCCAUAAGACAUGAGGUAAUU